AUGCCCGCCGCCCCAAGAAUACCACAACUCAACUUCCGUCCACCAUCGACAGCGUCUCCUGGCACCUGCGACUUUGAGUCUCCCGACGUAGCCUUCCUGCAGGGGACAUGGCACGUCACCCACUCGACGCUUCCCAUGUGGAAGCACAACCGCAAUGUGACCAUCACCUACACCUCUAUACCGCAGGACGGCGAGCGCCUCGACGAUCUGGUCGAAUACCAGCCGCUGACCUCGGACAAGCACAAGCGCGUCGAAGGCGUCGAUACCCCGGUCGCCCACACCAAAGGCGCAUACAGCUGGCGCGGCAAAGGUCUCCUGAAAAUCGCGUCGAGCCACUGGCAGAUACUGGGAUACGGUGACGAGGAGGGCGGUUGGGUGGUCACGUUUUUCCAGAAGACGCUGUUUACACCCGCGGGCGUCGACAUCUAUGCCCGUCGCAGGGGCGGAUUGUCCGAGGAAUUGCUCGAGCAGAUCAAGGACGAGAUCAGAGCCAUCGAGGACCCCCACAUCCAGAGACUGGCCGAUCUCAUCUUUCCCAUCAAACACAAUUGGUGA